CUCGAGUGCGCCUAGUGUGUCUCGAUACGCUAGGUCGGUAAAAACGCGGCUGUCCACGCUGAGGCCUGUAGGACCUAACGCUCGCCGUAUUCAUCAGUUAUUGAUCAGAUUCGAGCUGCAGAAAGUGUUUACAAGGGCGCAAACCACAUCUAAGCAGCAGAGCCAAAAUGGCUUCUCAUGAGCGCCAGGUCACGCUGCACGUCUACACUUUUACUGGUGUGGGGGGGCGCACGAACUCGAUCCUCAGCUCGCUCAGCCUGGGCCUGCACCAUUCCGGUGUCGAAGUGUCAGGCAGAGAAUUCUCGUUCAACGACGGCGGCGUCUUCCAGACGCGGCCGCACGAAUGCACGCGCGGAGACGAGCCGCAGUGCGUGCUGAAGGAGUCCAAAUUUCUCGGCGUGCACGUCGGGUCCACGAACGAAUUCAACGGCGUCCUGAAUGAAUUGAGGCGGGCGUUCCCGCCCGGGUCUUAUUCGCUUACGGGAAAGAAUUGCAAUCACUUCGCGGACGUGUUCUGUCGGGCGCUCGUCGGGUGCGGCAUCCCGUCGUACGUCAAUAGAGCGGCGUCUUAUGGGAGAUGGCUCAAUUUCGGAAACAAGGGGUACCAGAUAGGCGACGGCGCAUCAUCCGAAGCGCCGAAGGCGAAGCCUGCGAAGGCCGACCCGAACCGCAGCAAGAAGAAGGAGCUGACGGAGCACCAGAAGAUGCUGCUCGAAAGGAUACGCAACGGCGCCACGGAUAAGUCAUAACAUGUG